AUGAACUAUGAACCUGAAUCAUGAUUCAUGAAUGUAUUGUGAUUUGUGAUCGUAACGUCUAAUGUUUUUUGCGCGUUAAUUUCAAUUGUUAAUACUUGACUAAAGGAUUUCCAUUAUUUGCAUGCUCAUUAUCUAUACAAUGAAAAAAGGAUAUAAGGUGACCGAUGUUAAAAGAGAAAAAAAAGUUGGUAUCGCUGCAGAAAAUUUACAAGAAUUAAUUGAGAAAUCAUGCAGAAAGUUAGGGUUCAAUGCCAGUUGCGCAAAUUGCCGAUUAUAUGUAGCAGAAGACGGGACACUUGUAGAUGAUGACAACUACUUGAAAACUUUACCACCUCAGACACUUUUUAUUCUGUUGCAGAAAAAAGAGACAAUGGUAAAUGACUUUGAUUUCUUCUACAAUAUGAUUAGAUCUUCAAAGAAAGAUUUUAUUGAUACGGGCCUUGCAGCUAAAGAGUUUCUUGACAGCAAUUUGCGAGACAAGUUUUUGGUGUUGCAAAGAUACAUUGAAGCUGCUAAUGAUAAUAAAACCAUGUUAAGUGAGAGAAGUCAGGAUCCACAUUGGUUUGAAGGUCUUGAACCAUCUGAGAAAACAAAGGAGCAAUCUAUGUCUAAAAGGGUUAAAGAAAGAAUGAGGGGAUACUACUACAAGACAAAAACUGCAUUACAAUCUUCAGAAUUAUAUAUUCAUUCAAAAAAUGGUCAUGGUAAGAAUCUUGUUGAUAAUUUUCUUUUAGAAUUACGGAAAUUAUUGGAAAGUAAUAAAUAUAAUGAAGGUUAUUUCAAUAGAAAGUACGAAAAUAAUUUAAGAUUAUGUAACAAGACCGGCCUCUUCCUAUGUGGUGGACUGUGGAAUGAAAGCAAGUGCCAAUAUGAAAAUGAACAUAUCAUAAACCCAUAUAGAAGUCGUGAGGAACGCAUAAUUUUUCAGACAUGGAAUUUGGAUCACAGAAUUGAGCUAUCUAGAUCUAUUAUACCAGCAAUUAUUCAAGCAUUGAAUAAGAUUUAUUAUGGCAAUAUUAAUUGCAUAGGCUGUAAACAAAAUAUUAACUGUGGUAACAUAGAUACAGAGCAGUAUUAUCUGCAGAUAUUUACACAUGAAAAUUUAAAACUAGUGCAUAUUGUAUGUCACUAUAAAGGUAAACAUGAUGCUUCUUCAAAUAUAUACACAGUGUGCCAGAGUUGUCUUGACCAGAAAAGUAAUAAAAACUAAUUUACUUAGUCUAAAUAAUAUGCUAAAAAAAAUAUGAUUAUUUUUUAGCAAAUCUCACUAAAUUAAUGAGUUAGCAUUUUUCUCCACCUAGGAGUUAUAUAUUCAUUGGUGUUCUAUAGAGUUGACAUGUUUUAUUCAAUAUUCAAAAAUCAUACUGGUUUCUAAUCAGUUUGUUGUUUAAAGUUGACUGACAAGAGCCUAGGUUAAAUUUAUAAUCAGAUUUUUAAAUAAACCAAAAUAAAAUUGUGCUGCAAUCUGAAUAGAGGAUAAAUAUGCUGAUGGUCUAUAAAACAAAUAUUUAUUUUUCUUUUAUACAUUUUCUAUAGUUUAAAUAAAAAUAUUUAUUAUCCAGUUAUUAGAUGCAAUACUGCCAUUAUAUUUCAGUAAUUACAGAAGGGAAAUCUUACUAAAUAUAUUGAUUCUAAUCAUGUAUUUAAUAAAUUAUAUAUUUUUGUAUAAAAAUAUAUUUACCUAUAUAUGGGAAUAUUCUUGUUAUAUUUAUGAAUAUAGAGGAGGAUUGUCAGUAAAUUUGUUUAUUUUCCCUAUGUAUGUUUAAUCACUUUUUUUAUGAAAAUGGACCUUUAUUUUAGCUUUACAAUGAGACUCUAUAUCAUCAUACUACGAUCAUAAUUAUUAUCUCAUGUAAUGUAUGAGUUAAGAUAGUAAUAAAGUUUAUAUAUAAUUGCCCAUUAAUUGGGUGAUUGUCCUGAAUCAAGUAGCCUUUCUAUGUAGUGAUUAUUUACAUUUUAUUGUUGUAAGGACGUAAUUAUUAGAUGAAUUUUUCUAUUCCUUAAUUGAUCUCCUAUAAUCCCUUGAGUUAGAUUUAAGUAAGAGUUCGAAUGGCUUUAGGUACAGAUUGAUACCGGUUUAAUUGGAAUGAUUUGAACUCUAUACCUUCGACCAAUUAUAAUGCCAUAGAUACCUACAUAAUAUAUAUUCUGCUUUUAUUUAAUUAUGUGCGAAUAAAGGUUUCAAAACGCAAACACCUGUACCAAAAGUCAUUAAAGUAUUUUUAAAGCUAAGAUAUAAUCAUAAUUUAAAUAUUUGACUUAAAUGAUAUAACGAAUUUAAUAAUUUAGUUUUUACACAUUUUCAAAUAUUUUUUUUAUAGUUAUCUUGAUGAAAAUUUACUCAAACACAGGGUUUUAGAUAGCAAGCAAAUUGUUUUCUUUUUAAUAAUCAUUUGAUAUUAACUUUUUUAUGCUUAACUAAUCAUUGCACUGGUUUAUUAAAUGAUAUUUAAAUAUCCUUAUUCUUUGCUAGAAAUCCAAAAAAUGUUUGGGUGGUUAGUAAUUCUAAUAGCUUAUAAUGUUACAUGCUUAAAAAUGUCCAACAAAAUGUGUUUUGCUAUAAAUAAUAGUCUAUUCAUGUUACAUCCGCUCCUUCCUAGUUUAGAGUAGAUUAAACAUUUUAAGUAUAUUCUUCUAUUUUCCUAAAAUCAGUUAAUCCGUCAUAAAGAUACAAUGUCUCUAGAUAAUUCAAACCUGUUUAAGGUUCCUAUUUAUUUUCAAUAGAUGAUGAGUUUGUUAUAAUAUUCUUAAGUGCACAAGUUUACUAAUUAAAAUUCUGUACUGAUAUGGAUUACUAAUUAAUAUUUAUAAAUUAAUCUUGUACACAGAUAAAAAUAAAUACAUAAUUUCAAGUGUAAAUAAUCAAGCAGUGUCAGAUAUUUAAAAAAUUGUUAUAAGCAAAUCUUAUAUAGAAAUUUAAAACUUGUUGAACAUACUGUCCCUGUUAAAUUUGUAAUCAGCAUUGUUCAAAUCAUUUUAAAAACUAUUAUUGUAAGUUUAAAAGUAGAUUUGUAUGUGAUGUGAAUUGUAGGUAAUUAAUCAUAGAUGCUUCCAAGAUAGCUUUAUAGAGAUUUGAGUUGUAGCAUAUUGAUGUUAGACAAACAAAUUGUCAUAGCUAAGAAAAAUGAAGUUAUAAGAUGUUAUAGUAGUAGAAUAAGCACCAAUAAUAUAAUAGUUACAAAUUAAAUUUAGUUGUAGACAAUACAGUUAAAAGCAGUUCAUUAGCUCUAUUAUUUCUCAUUUGUAGGUUUUUAUUAUUUUUAAGGAAUUGCAUGUUUUACUUAAUUUCUGUAUGAAAUCAGUAUUUCGUUUCACUUUUUAUUCAGUAUAGAAGUGAUAAGAUGGUAUAGUGUUUAGAUUAUUAGCUAUUGUUAUACAGUAUUAAACCUUCUCCAUUAUUAGAUCUUAAGAAAGUUGGAUAUAUUCUUAGAUCUUAAGUGACAAAAAGAUAAGUCAAACUAUUUAUUAGUAAAUAAAAACGUUUUUUUAAUCUACUUAUAAUUUAUUGUGACAACCUAUCAGUGGCGAAGGGUGAAAUUUUGGCAAAGGGAAGCCGGUCCAAAAAAAUGUUGAACAGCACUCUAUAUGAAUUAAAGCCAUAAUAACAAACAAAAUCCACAGUAUUUAACCAAAUCUGCGAUUAAAUUACCUUACAGAAUCAGUCACAGUUUAAAUAACACAAAUAUUAAAAUAUAACAAACGAAAUUAUCACGCACCAGUGGUACGUGGUGGGAACACAUGUCACAUACUAAAAAUAAUCUAUUUUCAACCAAACGAAAUGGAACGCGAAAAUAUGCCAAAAUAAAAAGAAUAUGACUUGCGAAGGAUUUCAUUAUAACGCUAAUUCUUUUUAAUUUUGUCGUGUUUUCUUUCUCCCGUGCCGUGGUUCAAUAACAAUAAUUUCUUUGUCUCUUUCUAAUAGAGGAGAGGAGAGAACUGCAAGCCGGUCGCGAUCAGCCUUAUCUUUCUUUAAAUUUUACGUACAGUUAGCGAGCAUUAGAAAGAGAUGGUUUGACACGCUCUGUCUCUUUUCGCCUCAUAGUAAAACGUUGGCCGAGAUAAGCUGUAAUUCGUCGAGUUACCUUUAAUGUAAUUUAGGUACGAAAAAUUGACGCGCUGAUUAAUUUACGACUAUAAAAUGAAAUGUGAUACUUAGGGUAUUGCUAAGAAUUACUAUUGCUAUUGUAAAUCGCGCAGGCAUUUAAUUAAUAAUACUUUGUUAAUGAAAUAGAAUGUAAAUACUUUUGUAUGAAUAUGGAACUGAUUUUUGAAAGGUAACCCGGUGGGAAUCGGCUUGUAUGGACUCUUCGCCACUGCAACCUAUA